GAAGUGAGGUUUGAAAACUGAGUUGUGAGAGAACCACUGAACAUGGCAUUUGAGAGAUUGAGGUAAGUGAGUGCAGUAAGAUUUGCUAAUCCAGUUGGUAUCUUCGAAAAAGUGAAGUUAUUGAAGCUCAGAUCAAGGUAGCUGAUAUGAGUAAGGGAAAAGAGAGAAGGAAGGAUGGUACCUGUGAUGGCAGUAAAAUUGGAGUCAGAAGUGGAAACAAGUUCUGAAUUCAUGUUAACUAUAACCCUUUCUGGAUUGGGGUUUCGAAGGUCCAGUGUUGUGACAUGCAGUGAAUCUGAACAACGGAUUCCAUGCCAACUGCAGCAGUUUUGGCCUUGCCAUGAAGACAGUCGAUUUGAAGGGUCUAAAAGAUGAGAUUUGAAACUCAACAAUAUCUCACUUUCAGCUUCAUAGCAGGCAUUUGUUGCUGAGAGGUGGGAGAAUAACAAGAAUAGCAAGGGGAAAAGGAUAAUGGGUACCAUGACUCUCAUAUGGCCGUUUUUUUAUCAGUCAGUUAAAGACCAGCGAUGACUCGUAUGUUGCCGUUGGAUUCACGCAGAGGUGAAAGUCUCUGUCUUUUGAUGGAGAAGUCCCUUUUCUCCAAGCCGUGGUCACUGGUCUGAAUUGAGGUGGGCUGAGACUACACGUUUGUUCCUUUUUCUGAUUACCGGGGAGCUUCCAACUUAGAAUUACAAUUUAUUUCCAUUGCCUAUUUUCAAAAAAAGUAUUACAAUUUA